AUGGCCGCACUCGAGGAUAUCAAGAGAGUGGAGGCGACUAUACUGGGACAUAUCGCGAAUGUAGACCCUGUGCAAUCUCCAUCAGGCGAGAAAAAGAUAUUGAUGCAAGAAAACUCCCUCUCCACAAUCGACGUAGAGAACCGUGCCGCACACAAAGGUGACGACUCUGAUGGAGCUGUUGAUUGGACUGUCCGCAAUGUUUUUGCAUUCAUCUUCCUGUGCAUGCUUUAUACCGGUUCCCAAAUCAUCCUCUACUUUGUCGGUGGUUCCUUGGCGUUCAUUGUCGCCGACUUAAAAGCUCCUGAUACUGCAGUGUGGCUGCCGGUCGCGAACACUCUGGCCACUGCAUCGAUCGCUCCUUACACAGGCUACCUCCAGGAUCUGUUCGGAAAGCGCUAUAUCGCCCUCUUUGGAUCACUACUUAUUUCGAUCGGCAUUCUGGUCCUUGGGACUGCCCAUGGCUUUAGUCAGGGCGUGGCUGGAAUGGCUUUAGCCGGUGCUGGAGCAGGCAUUGGAGAACUCACUGGACUCGCUGGCAUCUCGGAGGUUGUACCUGUGAAGCACCGUGGAUAUAGUAUGGGUAUCAUGGCAACCUUUAUUUUCAUCUUUACCCCAUAUAUACUCUACAGCCAGUUGUUAGGAACACAUUCAACAUGGCGUUGGACGGCUUGGCUUUCAUUGAUGUACAAUGGACUGACAGGGGUUGGGUUGUUCAUCUUCUAUCACCCGCGUAAGCAUACGCGUGCAGAAGGAUUUUUGUCUCGCGAAAUCCUGACAAAGAUGGACUACUUGGGCGGCUUCUUAUCUAUUGUCGGCUUGACUUUGUUCCUAGUCGCAUUGCAAGCCGGUGGCUACACACAUCCAUGGCAUAGCGCAUAUGUGCUGUGCUGCCUCAUCGUUGGACUCGCCCUUAUUGCGACAUGGAUCGUUUGGGAAGCGAUAUUUGCACCGUACCCCAUGGUCCCGGGAGCAUUGUUCAAAGGGCAGCGCAUUGUCGCCAUCGCAUUUGCGACAGCGUUCGUGGGUGGGAUGAAUUUCUAUUCAGUGCUGAAUUUCCUCCCGAUGGCAUGGUCGAGUGUCUACCCCAAUGAUCCUAUUCAGGUUGGCUUAAAGGGUCUUGCUCCAGCUAUCUCAAUGACAAUAGGUGCCAUUUUGUUCAACGUGGCCCUAUCAACGUUCAAGAACAACAAUCGUGAAGUGCUUUUGACUGCGGCAGUCAUCAUGACUGCCUGUACCGGAGCAUUGGCCGCGAUGACACCCGACAAUCCAAAGCUGACAGUCGCGCUUGCAACACUCUCAGGCCUUGGGGUUGGAGGCAUGAUUGUUCCCACCGCCACUGUUGCAUUAUUGGUCACACCUGACGCCCUUCUUACCACGACCGCCGCUCUCUCACUUACAGUUAGAAGUGUUGGUGGUGCUGUUGGGUAUUGCACAUACUAUAACAUUUUCAGGAAUAAACUCAUCACCAAACUCCCAGCUCUUGCAGCCGAGUAUGCCAUCAAGGCUGGCCUGCCAUUGGCCGACGCAAAAGCCUUCAUCACGAUUCUCCUUGGCACGCCAGCAAUGAUUACUACCGCCCCAGGCUUUUCUCCUUCGAUUCUCGAAGCUGCUGAACUUGGUAUCCGGUGGGCGUAUGCCGACUCGCUCCAUUUCGUCUGGUACACCACUAUUGCUUUCGGAUGCUGCGCAAUAAUAUGCUGUAUCUUCCUACCUAGUACGGUGAAGUACCAGACCAACAGAAUUGCUGUUGCGCUCUAA